UGGAAGCCUAGUAGAUAGACCGGGGUCCCCGCGGUCAACACAAAGAGCUUGGCCUGGCUCACAUCAACACAGGUGACCAUUUCGCUGGCCAUGACAUCCCAGCGGUCAGGCUUGACGGUCCGAGCCGUCAACGCCGAAAAACGACGGCCAUCACAUCGCUCAUUAGAUCGGCCCUAGCUGGGAACAAUCCUUGCCCCCUUGGGCAGCGAAGCGCAGAGUAAGCAUCAGAGAUCACAUCCUCUGGCACGCGGUCCUUGUAGUAUUCAUUAUUUCCCCCUAGUUAUGCAUAAUACCUCAAGUAGAUGUAGCAGGCGGCGAUGUUUGUUUCCUUUUUUCUCUUCUGCUUUCUUUUUGUUCUUGCAUCAUCAUCGAGAAGAAGGAUCAUGCAGGCCAGAGGACACCGCUGCGAUAUCGCAAGUAGAAUCAGCUUAUGGUUUCUUGGGCGCCUAUCGGUUUAUUCUGACAGCUGUCAUUGGCGCAUUGACCCUCCAUCACACUUCGACUAUCAUAUGCAGUGGACGAGCGCGUGCCUCAUCCUGGCUCACUUGUUCUGCCAAGAGAAUUGACUCCUGCUGAUCCAAUAAGGGGUACUUUUCAUUAGCCUUGUUUUCUUUUUCUUCCUCGUUCUCAUAUUGUACGGUACGGUACAGUCCACCAUUCCAGGGCUGCGAGUUUGCCCAAAGUGGUUGUACGAUCAGCGCGGCAAUAUCGGAUCAAGGUAAAUAUAUACAGUACAGCAGUUAUACGUCAAGAGACAACCCUCUCUGAAACGUUCAAGGCGGCGGUGUG